GAGGAUUAUUAUUAUAAGUGCUUUCAGAUGUCUUAACAGCGAUAUCAAAUGCUGAGCAAAACAAGAGUGGAUUUGGAUAAGUACCAGGGAAUAGAGAGAGGAUUCUUUGUUGACCUGCUGAUUUGUAAAUAAGUGGGAUUCUCAGUCGAUGCAAGCCCCAGGCCGGCUCCUGAUCAGACCCUCUGUGCUCUGCAGCGUGAACACGGUGAGAGCUGUGGGGCGUCUUCUUCACUGCACACCCCCGAAACACUCCGCGGUGGAAAUGGAAACGGGGACGACAAAGGCAGAGCCAGAGAGCGAGAUGAACGGUGGAGGUCGGAGCCUGAAGUCAGUCCAGGAGCAAGCCGAGUGUGUGGCCUCACUCAGUGACACAGAUUGCCCGGCGGUUACCAACGUAGAAGCCGUUAUUCAGGAGGGAAAAGCUCGCAUCAUAUUCCCGAGUGCCAACGAAGUCUUCUACAAUCCCGUGCAGGAGUUUAAUCGAGAUCUGACGUGUGCCGUCAUCACACAGUUUGCCCGGCAGAGGUUAGCGGCGAAGGGGAUCGGAGUGCUGUCCCUCGGCGAGUCGGAGAAGAUGGUGGUCAAGUUGAGCGAGAGCGAGGGCGAGCUGUCGGGCGCCGAGACCGACCGGGGAGACCAGCAGUCACCGAGAGAACUCGCCAGGCCGGGGGAGAAAUGCCAGGAGGGCCUGCGGGUGCUGGAGGGAUUGGCUGCCUCUGGGCUGCGAUCUAUCCGCUUCGCCAAGGAGGUGCCCGGGAUUCACAGUGUCGUGGCCAACGACUUCUCCUUCAGAGCCGUGGAGAUGAUCAAGAGAAACAUCGAGUUCAACAACGUGGAGCAUCUGGUGACCCCGAGCCUGGCCGACGCCAGUUUGCUCAUCCACCAAUCGAAGCGUAGUGAGCACCGGUUUGAUGUGAUUGACCUGGAUCCUUACGGCAGCCCGGCACCGUUUAUCGACGCGGCUGUGCAGGCGGUGAGCGAGGGAGGGCUGCUGUGUGUGACGUGUACAGACAUGGCAGUGAUGGCUGGGAACAGUGGGGAGACGUGUUACAGUAAAUACGGAGCCAUGUCCAUCAAGUCCAAGUUCUGUCACGAAAUGGCUCUGAGGAUAAUCUUGCACAGCCUGGACCUGCGAGCCAACUGUUACCAACGCUACAUCGAGCCUCUGCUGUCGGUCAGCGCCGAUUUCUACAUCAGGGUGUUUGUCCGGGUGUUCACGGGACAGGCCAAGGUCAAGAGCUCCGCCAGUAAGCAGGCCCUGGUGUAUCACUGUGUGGGCUGUGGGACGUUUCACAUGCAGCGAAUGGGAAAGGCUUUUCUACACGGCCAGAACCACAAGUUCACUGCAGCCACAGGACCCCCAGUGGCAGCUGAGUGUGAGCACUGCCAGCAACGUCACCAGCUCGGAGGCCCGAUCUGGGCUGAGCAGAUGCAUUCCCCCGAUUUCAUCCGGACAGUCCUGGAGACGGUGGAGCGCAAUCCACAGGGAUACAAGACGUCCGACCGGAUAGUGGGAAUACUGAGCAUGGUGAUGGAGGAGUUACCUGACUGUCCUCUCUACUACACCAUGGAUCACCUGAGCAGCGUCAUUCGCUCCAACACACCUUCCCUCCUACAGAUGAGGUCAGCCGUGCUCCACGCUGGAUACCGUGUGUCCCUGUCGCACGCGUGUAAAAACGCCAUCAAAACGGAUGCCCCCUCCUCC